AAAACCAUCUGUUGACACUUGAUGGGGAGUAAGAUCCAUACUAGCCGGCUAGUAAAAGUUUAGUUUAGAAUUACCGUAACGUGCAAGAGCCUGUUUUGUCGACCAUAUAGUCGGUAUGUCUAUGUAUGCAUAGCACAAAAGAUUCAACGCUUUGUCAAGCAUUGUCAAAAUCAGUCACGGAGAGUCAAACAAAAAUAAGCUUAAGCUUAAAUUGUGAUCGAGUGAGGGCCGCCGGUACGAGGAUUCUGAAAUGAAUAGAGCGUCUAAAAAUCGAGUKAUUAAUAAAUUCCCACAGCCCUACACAAAGGAUGCAGCACCAAGACAAGAUGGUAACUUUCACAUAAAAACCAGAGAUGCGUGCGCUUCUGGAAACACAAGUAAUAUUGGGCUCAGAGUAUGUAAAGCAAUAGUGAUAGGAGAUGUUGCUGUUGGGAAAACGUGUCUUAUAAAUAGGUUUGUUCGCAAUGCAUUUGACAAUGACUAUAAAGCAACAAUUGGAGUGGACUUUGAAGUGGAAAGAUUCAAGAUUUUAGAUCAAGAUUUUAAUUUACAAAUAUGGGACACAGCAGGCCAGGAAAGGUUUAAAUGCAUGGCUGCGGCAUAUUACAGAGCAGCUCACGUGAUUAUAUUAGUGUUUGACAUGACAAGUGUGACCAGUUUAGAAAAUACAAGACGAUGGCUUGAUGAAUGUCUUGACAGCAAUAGCAACUGUUAUCCUGAGGUUUUCUUAGUUGGAACAAAGAGAGAUUUAUGUACUCAAAAGGAUAUUGAUAAAAUGGAAACRAGGGCAAUAGGCAUGGCUCAAGACUUACACGCAGAGUUUUGGUGYGUUUCAUCCAAGUCAGGUGUGAAUGUAGCAGAGUUUUUCUGUCGUAUGGUAGCCAUUACAUUUGAACAAGCUAUUCUCAGAGGGUUGGAAGAAAUGGAGCAACGGCAAGGCACUGGAAGACAAAUUGGGGGACARAUUGGAGGUGGCAUAAAAGUAAACAAAAAAAUUGAUUUAUCAGAAGACAGGGAAGAAAAGAAAGUCAAAUCAUGUUGCGCUGGUCAAGUCAAGUAAUUUGAUAAAAAAAGGAGACUUAAUCGCACAUGAAUGAACAAGUACUGCUACAUCAAUGACACAGGAAGCCCAGUUAAAAAUAACUGCCACAGGAAGCCCAUUAAUUAUAUCUAUAUGAAUUAUUUAAGAAUAAUUAAAAUUUGUGUGAAAAAGAAGUGAAAUUAGAGAUUAGAGACARAAUAGGCUUAUGUCAAAUUUAUUAUUUAUAAAUGUAUAUUUACAAGGUAUUUCUAAUUAACAAUUAGACCUCGAGGUCGAGUUGACUACGAGCUAAUAGCCCAUGAGGCCAAGUCUGCRAGGUYRAGGUUGAGGCCGAGAGGUCUAAUUGUUUUAGUAUAAACAUACUAAUCGGUCAAAUAAUGAAAACAAAUUGAAAUAUCCUAAUAAUUUAUUAAUGAGAUGCCGCCAUUUUGAUUUUCCAGCGAGUGGUCUAUCAYAARUUAGACCAUUAGUAGAGUAGCCAAUCACAGYGCAGUAUGAGUGAUAGACCAUUAGUAUGUUUAUACUAAUAUUAAGUAUUCUAGAUUUUGUACUUUCUGUAUGGUUUAUGAAUCGAUUCACAAGCCUAUUUGUAAUUUUAGAUCUUUCACCUGGUUGACAAUUUCCAUUAUUGACUCAGACCUGAAAUAUUUGGAAAAAAUAAAUAGAUUACAAAUAUAAUAAAAGGCAACUGAAUCUGUGAAA